AUGGGGAAGAAAACGAAGGCAAACCUGCAACUCCGGGAGGCUGUCAUCGGAUUCGUAUACCGGACCGAAAAGUUUGUUAAGAACUACGACGCUGACACCGACGUCCACCAACUGCAAGAACGGAUAGCAAAACUGGAUGAGAAGUGGACCGAAUUUGAAAGCGUCCAAGGUGACAUUGAGGAAUUGGAGGAGGAUGAAAAUAACAUGGCGGCCCAUGAGCAGUUUCGAGCGGAUUUCGAGGAGCUGUUUUUUAAGGUAAAGGCAGGGUUGAGGUCCAAGCUACCAUUCUCUCCACCCUCUCCCACCGCUACUUUUUCCAUUAGAGAUAGGAAUGUGGGUGCAUGUACUGGCAUUCGCUUGCCCAAGAUCAGCUUGCCAGAGUUCAGUGGGGAAUACGAUAAAUGGCUGCCAUUCUUUGAUACUUUCCGAUCAUUGAUUCAUGAAAACACGGAUUUAAAUCAGAUCCAAAAAUUUCAUCAUUUGCGAGCGUCUCUAAGGGGUGAAGCACUUAAGGUGGUUGAUUCUUUCCAAAUGAGCGAAGCUAGUUAUGGGGUCGCCUGGUCCGCCUUGGUGAAACGUUAUUCGAAUAAAUACCUUCAGAAGAAACGCCAUGUAAACGCGAUGUUGCAAUACCCGAAAGUGAAGAAGAGGUCGGCAAAUAGAAUACACGAGUUAUUUGAAUGCUUCGAUCGACAUACGAAAAUUCUCGAUCAACUGGGAGAAAUUACUACGGACUGGGGAGCGAUGUUGAUGCAGCUGUUGGUAUCAAAACUUGACGAUGAGUCGCUGAAGGACUGGGAGGAGCGUGCGGUCAAGAAAGACGAUCCUGUUUUCGCAGAUGUUAUGGAGUUUCUUGAAGGACAGACACGGAUCCUGGAUGCUGUAGCGGUCGAUCGACGUUCGGAGAAUCUGCCAUCACAUUUCUCCACCGCUAACUCCAGCUUCAAGAAAUCGGGUUCCAAAUUUUCUGUGCAUGCAACCACGGACACUCCCUCGAUGCAGUGUCUUCAAUGCAACGGUCGACAUUACAUCACAAGCUGUCCUGCAUUUGGCCAGAUGUCAUUAGAGAAACGUUUCCAAGUAGUCAACUCUAAGAAGCUGUGCAGUAACUGUUUGAAACAAGGUCAUCUGAAUCGUGACUGCACUUCGCGUUUCCGUUGUCGCACUUGUAGCAAGAAACACCAUUCUCUUCUCCACCCUGGAAUAGACGCGGCGGUUUUCACUCCAACUGUUAAUCCAACUACGCAGGUGCCGUCUUCGAAUCGGCAACAAACAAGCCCUUCCACACAUGUGGUUUCAACAGACGAUUCUUUGCAAACGGUGCAGAGUUCAGUGGCCACAAUUUUCGCUUCCAACGUCGCGACAGAACAUCGAGAGUAUCAUGUCUUCCUUUCCACGGUACUGGUGUCGGUAAAGGACUGCAACGGGCGGUCACAUCUGGCAAGGGCGCUUUUGGACAGUGGGUCACAGGCAAAUCUUAUCUCGGAUCGUCUGUGUCAGAUUCUCAAGUUACCUCGGAAAGGAGUUAGUGUGCCGAUUUCUGGUAUUGGUAGUUCUACUUUUCGAGUUUCACAUUCCGUGUCGACGACGAUUUCAUCUCGAAUAAGCGAUUACUCAGUACCGAUGGAAUUCUUUGUAAUGAAGAAAGUGACUGAGGACCAACCAUCAGCGACUAUCCCCAUUGGAGACUGGAAUCUUCCAACCGACUUCGAGUUAGCUGAUCCAGGGUUCAACAAACGUGGUGCGAUUGACCUUCUUCUCGGAUUGGAAUAUUUCUACGAGUUCCUCCUGCUCAAUGGUGGCCGGGUUCAAAUCCAGCGCAUAGGCAACGGGCGUCCACUAUUCGUCAACACAGUAUUCGGGUGGGUUGCAGCAGGAAAGGUUAACUUAGGUCGAAUGAAUCCAGUUCCCGUUUGUCAUGUGGCAGUUGACAACUCAUUGGAGCAGAAGAUCGAGCGAUUCUGGACUAUUGAGGAGAUUCAGGACGUUCCGCGGCUAACACAAGAAGAAAUCGAUUGCGAAAAUCAUUAUAAAGUCACGUUUUCGCGUGACACCGAAGGACGAUAUGUGGUUCGGCUCCCAACACGAUUGGGUUUCGAAAAGAUAACCUCGGGAGACUCAAGAGAAAUGGCGGUACGGCGAUUGAUUCAGCUGGAGAGGCGUUUUAAGCGGGAUGAAGAUUUGCAUAAGCGGUACAGUGAUUCCAUACGAGACUACUUGAUCAACGGGCACAUGUUAUUGGUCGAAAAUGUGGAGGAACGGUCUGAGCAUCGGCUCGUGUGUUACUUGCCACAUCAUCCGGUCAUCAAGGAGACCAGCACGACAACAAAGAUUCAACCAGUGUUCGAUGGAUCAGCCAAGACAACCAGUAAUUAUUCCCUUAACAAUGCACUGAUGACGGGACCGGUUAUUCAGGAUCAACUAAUUGAUCUGAUCUUACGUUUCCGCAAGCACAAGGUAGCGUUAGUCGCAGACAUCGAAAAGAUGUACCUACAGGUGAAGGUGCAUUCGGACGACUGUCCACUCCAACGCAUUCUCUGGCGGUUCUCUCCAUCCGAUCCGAUAAAGACUUACGAGUUACAACGGGUAACAUUUGGUUUGGCGCCCACUUCUUUCCUCGCUACUCGAUCACUCCAGCAGUUGGCGGAAGAUGAAGGCGAUGCGUUCCCACGAGCGAAAGCGGCGCUCGUCGACGAUUUCUAUAUAGACGAUUACAUCGGAGGCGCUGAUUCUGUGGAAGAAGCGGUAUUACUGAGACAGGAACUUGAGCAGUUGUUACCAAAAGGUGGUUUUCGAUUGCGCAAAUGGAAUUCCAGUACGGAAGGCGUGCUGGAAGGCGUAUCUGCAGAAGAUUUAGGAACGCAAACUACAUUGGUGCUCGACAAGGAAGAGCAAGUGAAGGCGCUAGGUGUCAUUUGGAAACCGGGGCCGGAUGUACUUGGUAUCGACGUCUCCACAUCUAGCAUAAUCGGUUGCCGGACUAGGCGACAGGUGUAUUCGGUCAUUGCACGACUUUUCGACCCACUCGGACUCAUUGGUCCAGUCAUAACAUGGGCCAAGGUUCGGAUGCAGCAGCUCUGGGUGGCUGCCCAAGAUUGGGACGAGCCACUUUCACAGGAAUUAACGGAACGGUGGGCUCAAUUCUACGAACAACUUCCUCUCCUCUCUAAUGUGAAGGUGAAUCGUUUCGCCUUCUGCUCGCAGCCAUACCUGGUGCAGUUUCACAUCUUCUCAGAUGCGUCGGAGGCGGCGUAUGGGGCGUGUAUUUAUGCUCGAACGAUUAGUCAAACGGGACUGAUCAAGGUGGAGUUAUUGUCAUCAAAAUCACGACCAGCACCGCUGAAAAGGGUCAGCAUCGCAAGGUUGGAGCUCUGCGGGGCGUUGCUCGCAGCGAAACUCUACCAAAAAGUACGACAUGCGCUAAAGAUGGACGACACUGAAGCUUGGUUUUGGUCUGAUUCGACGGUGGUCCUUUGCUGGUUGAGAUCACCAUCCUACUGGAAUAAUCCCAAACGGUAUGAAGAUCCACCGGAAGACCAAUUAGAACGAAAACGGAUCAUUUUAACCGCUUUAACACAUAUGGAACCACAUCCACUAAUCGACCGUAUCUCAUCGUACUGGAAGUUGCUUCGAGUAACAGCUAUUUGUUUACGCUUCGCGCGGAAAUGUCAGCGUCGACACAACGAAAUUCCUGACAUCUCUCACAUCAGUGUCGCAGAACUGCAAGUCGCAAAACAAGUUUUGGUUCGUCAGGUGCAGCAGGAAGCGUUCGCUACAGAGCUUAAGGAGCUAUCCAAUCAUCGCGUCGUCCCAGUCCGUUCACCGCUGAAACUCCUCAACCCGUUUCUCGAUCAGCAAGGCGUACUCCGUGUUGGUGGCCGGCUUGAAGCCGCGAACGAAUCGUUUCCCGUAAGGCACCCCAUCAUCAUCCCUAGCAAACACUCGUUCUCGCGUCUUGUCGCUGUUGCAUACCAUCAGCUCUCCCUUCACGCUGGCCCACGUAUGACGCUCGCACAAGUCCGCCAGGAAUAUUGGCCCCUGAAUGGCAUGUCUCUAGCAAGCUAUACUUACCGGAAUUGCAUUCGCUGUUUCCGAAGCAACCCUGUCCCUGUCACUCAACCUCCCGGACAGCUUCCUCGUUCUCGAACACUUCCCGCUCGACCUUUUGCCACUACUGGCGUAGAUUUCUGUGGACCAAUCUACCUCAAACCCGUUCACCGCAAAGCUGCAGCGCAGAAGGCCUACAUCGCUGUUUUCGUCUGCUUCUGUACCAAAGCAGUUCACUUGGAGUUAGUGGGCGAUUUGUCGACAGCUAAAUUCAUCGCCGCUCUUCGUCGUUUCGUUGGAAAACGAGGCGUUCCUGCCGAAAUCCAAUCGGACAACGGGCUCAAUUUCAAAGGAGCUAGCAACGAACUCCGAGCGCUAUACGAUCUGCUCAAUGAUUCCUCAAGCGCAACCACCAUUAGCAACGAAGCGGCUCAGAAUGGAAUCGUGUGGAAAUUCAUUCCACCGAAAGCUCCAAACUUCGGUGGUCUUUGGGAAGCCGCCGUCAAAUCCGCUAAGUCUUCUCUGGUGAAACUUCUCGGACAACCUCGGCUGUCGUUCGAGGAUAUGACCACCGUUCUUGGUCAGGUUGAAGCGGUAAUGAAUUCUCGCCCUUUGACACCUCUUUCCGAGGUCCCCGACGAAUUGGAUGUCCUGACCCCGGGUCAUUUUCUCACCGGAUCUUCGCUGUUGGCGAUUCCAGAUCCGGACUAUACAGGCGUUCCAACCAAUAGGCUCGAACACUACCAACAACUUCAACAGCUCAUCCAGCAGCACUGA